GAGGCAUCAGAGAGCUGCGGGACAGCAGAAAACAGCUUACUUCCGCAUUGAAAGAUAAGGUGGACACAAGACCAAGGCAGACAAGAUGGCGUCGGUUCCAGAGCCGCUUCUGGAAGCAGUGGAUGAGCUGGAGAAGGCAGAAGGGUCGAUGCAGACGACCAGCCCCUCUCACACUUCAGUCUGCGUUGAUCUGAAUGCUCAAACAGGUGCAACUGUAAACGCUCCUGUACUCACUGGAAACGUCAUCCAAGGCUCAGUAAUCAUCAGCUUCAGCUCAGCCACUGGCGCUGUCGGGCAGCAAAAUCCACCCAAAGGACCGGUGUCUCAGAAACAAGAGCACGACGUCUUGCAGAAAAUCCUGGAAAGUCACAAAGACGACAUGAAGGCCAAAACGGGACAUGUGUUUGAGGGCAAAAAGGAGAACAAAAUACACCUCAGCAAAGUGUACACUGAACUCUUCAUCACUGAAGGGGACAUUACAGACGUCUAUGACGAACAUGAGGUUCUGAAGAUGGACCGAGCUUUGAAAACGCCCAAAUUUGAAGACACACCGAUCGACUGCAAUAGCAUAUUCUGUUUACUGAAGCAAAAGAAGGAGGGAAACAUUGUGCUGACCAAAGGCAUCGCUGGCAUCGGAAAGACGUUCUCCGUGCACAAGUUAAUCCUGGACUGGGCCGAAGGAAAAGCCAAUCAGCAUGUGGACUGCGUGUUUCUGCUUCCAUUCAGAGAGAUGAACUUGAUUAAAGAUGAUAAAGAGAUCAGUCUCCACGAGCUUCUGUUGGAAUUCUAUCCUGAUUUGAAAGAGGUGGAAAACACCAAGUUUUAUGAAGAAUACAAACUGGUGUUUAUCUUUGACGGGCUUGAUGAGAGUCGCCUGGAAGUGGAUUUUGAUUGGAAAUUGGUCAAAUGUGUCAAUGCACGGUCAUCCGUUGAUGUUUUAUUUACAAGCUUAGUUAGAGGAAAACUGCUUCCGUCGGCUCUCAUCUGGGUCACAUCAAGACCGGCAGCGGCCAAUCUGAUCCCUUCUGAGUACGUAGGAUUGUUCACGGAGGUGCGCGGAUUCACCGACCAGCAGAAGGAGGAUUAUUUUAGAAAACGGAUCAUAGAUGAAGCUCAGGCCUCCAGAAUAAUCUCACACAUCAGGACGUCUCGUAGUCUCUACAUAAUGUGCCACAUUCCCAUCUUCUGCUGGAUCACUGCCAGCGUCCUUCAGGACAUUCUUGUCAAAAACGAUGAGCAGGACAUUCCUUCGACCCUCACCGAAAUGUACAUCCACUUCCUUCUGAUACAGAUGAAGAUGAAGAACCAGAAGUAUGAGAAGAAGCAGGAAAGGGAUCGCACAAAGCUUUUGAGUUCAAACAAAGGCAUGAUCUUAAAGUUGGCUAAACUGGCAUUCGAACAGCUGAAGGAGGAAAACGUCAUGUUCUACGAGACGGAUCUGAAAGCGUGCGGCAUCGAUGAAAGCGAGGAGUCCACAGGACUGUGCACUGAAAUCUUCAAGGAGGACUCUGUCCUGCAUGAGAGGAAGGUUUAUUACUUCAUACAUUUGAGCGUGCAGGAGUUUCUUGCCGCGUUGCAUGUGUUUCUUUGCUACUUGAAGCUGGACAUGGACGAGCUGAAAUUCUUCUUGGAGAAUUCGCGUCCUAAUAAGAAAGAACUGCUGUACGUUCUGCUGAGGAAGGCGAUCGAUAAGGCGAAGGAGAGCGACCGAGGGCAUUUUGAUCUCUUUUUGCGGUUCUUGCUGGGCAUUUCUCUCCAGUCCAAUCAGAAACUCCUCAUCGGCUUGCUGAACGAGACGCUGGAAAACAAAAACUGCAUCAAUAAAACCAUCCAGUACAUCAAGCAACUGCAAAACAAUGACAAGUGCCCAGAUAAAUCUAUCAACCACUUCUUCUGCAUCCUGGAGCUGCAGGACAGAACCCUGUACAAACAAAUCAUGAAAUAUCUGAAGUCAGAGAGCGGCCAGCCGAAAGCGGUGUCCAACUCCAACUGCUCAGUGCUGGUUUAUGUGCUUCUGAUGUCAGGCGAGGUGCUGGAUGACUUCGACCCCAAGAUGUUCAACAACACAUAUGCGGGAUGCAGGAGACUCGUCCCAGCCGUGAGAUGCUGCAGAAAAGCCCUGUUUUCAGACUGUGGACUGACAGAGCAGUGCUGUGAAACGGUGGCUUCGGCUCUUCAGCUAGAGGACUGUCCUAUGAGCGAACUGGACCUGAGUCACAAUUACAGCAUCGAGGCGGGAGUGAAGGCACUUUCUGCUGGACUGAAGAGCCCACACUGUCAUCUGGAGACACUCAGCAAACGAAAGUAG